GAUCUCGUCUUCUCUCGGGUCCAUCUGAGUCUGGUCUCUCCUUCCCCAGUUCAUAGAUCGGCAGCCGGCUGUAUCACUUCGGGGACACCGACCGACGGCAGAGCAGCUUGGCCACCAUUUCCCCCAACUCGCUUUCAUUUUGCCAGUGUAUUUUACUAUAGUUGGAGAGUUCUGAGCGAAAAGAGGAACGUGGUGAAAUUGAAAAGAUGGUUAAAUUGACUAUGAUUGCUCGUGUUACUGAUGGUCUUCCGCUAGCUGAGGGGCUUGAUGAUGGUCGUGAUAUUAGAGAUGCUGAGUUUUACAAACAGCAAGUUAAGGCUUUGUUUAAGAACCUCUCAAGAGGACAACACGAGGCAUCAAGAAUGUCAAUUGAAACUGGCCCUUAUGUUUUCCAUUAUAUUAUUGAAGGACGUGUCUGUUACUUGACAAUGUGUGACCGUGCUUACCCUAAGAAACUAGCCUUUCAAUAUCUUGAAGAUCUCAGGAACGAGUUUGAGCGUGCUAAUGGUUCUCAAAUUGAGACUGCUGCCAGACCAUAUGCCUUUAUUAAGUUUGACACAUUUAUGCAGAAAACAAAGAAAUUGUACCAGGACACUCAUACCCAGCGCAACAUUGCAAAGUUGAAUGAUGAACUCUAUGAAGUCCAUCAGAUAAUGACUCGAAAUGUGCAAGAAGUUCUGGGUGUUGGUGAACAGUUGGACCAGGUCAGCCAAAUGUCCAGCCGCUUAUCAUCAGAAUCUCGCAUGUAUGCUGAUAAGGCAAGAGAUUUAAAUCGCCAGGCUCUGAUUCGUAAGUGGGCACCUGUUGCUAUUGUGCUUGGGGUCGUCUUCCUGCUAUUCUGGGUAAAAUCUAAGCUCUGGUGAUUGAGCAGAGAUCAUAUUGUACGAUACUUUUAUCCUGGCUCGUGCUGCUGUGACUUGCUGUCGUCAUGACUGUCCAGACUGGCACAGGAUUGUGGUUUAGAAACAAUUAUCCUCUUUUACAUCUGAUGAGCGUAGCUGAAUCAGUCUUUCUGGAGAAGAGACAUUUUUACUUUUAGCUUAAGGAGCCAAGAUAUGAGAAAACUUGGUGUCCUUUGGGACGCAUAUACGCAUUUCUUUGGUUGUGCUUAGGCUUCCCAAUUGUUUUCAGGGGCACUGUGUUAAUGAGUAAUAUAUAUCCCAUUAGAUAUGUUUUUUGGUUUCCAUGUGAGUUUCAGCUGAAUUGGAUAUACAGGGAAUGCAGCUUACACCAAUAACUACCUUCUUAUAUGAUCUUACCAUUAUGUAUUUGUGACUCAACUCUUCUCUUCGAAGCCCCUUUUUUUUUUAAAAAAAAAAGGACACUGCACGAGAGACUGCGGGUAUGGAGUAAA